GAGAAAUUUAACCGGCGGUGCACUAACAACGCAUUUCAUUUCAGGCAUGAUGGUUUCCAGGGAAUUUUUCAGAAGAAUUGCAGAUUUCAAACGAGUAGAACGCAAUCGCCGGGGGAGAUGCUUCUAAGAACACCAGAACCAGAUGGUGGUCCAGAAAUCGUUACCAAGGUCCUUUUAGAAGCAAUUCCGGCGUUUCAAUUUUGAUUGAAAGCAAGGUAUUUGAAUUCCAGGCCUCAGACAACCUUAUAAUUUCUGAAUCCAAGAAUGGUAUGUCUAGAUUUCUUUCUAUCUCGCGUUCUACUGCUCUUUGGCUUUCUGAGACCCUAAGCCACCAACCUUUGGCUAGAGAGGGUUGGGUUAUUUCAAAAUUUGAAGGGCCUGUGUCGGCAAAGUCCCACUGGGACUCAAACCAUUUUGGAUCUUUCGUUAGAAUCAGCAGAGGAACCGAUGGGGAUAUAGCUAAUAUUUGCAUCCCAGUGGGACGGCAAUUAGAAGGCAUUAGGCUUUUUGUAAAAGCACUGAAUGCAGCUCUAAAAAUCCUGGAAGGGUAUGAAUCUGCUGAAAAGGUUCCCAUGAGAGAAGAAGCUUCAAUUUCUCAAGAUUUAAUAGACCAGAUAUUCCGGGUGGAGAGGAUAGAGGAUGAGCAACUGAGGUUCCCUUCCAUAUCCUCAAAUCUACUGGAACAAGAUGUUUUGCAGGGUUCUAGGAUGCCUAGCCUCACAGAACAGGGGAAAAAUGCAGAUUCACAAGAGACUAAGGAAGAUGGAGAUGAAGAAAAGAAACUCCAAAAGUUAUUUCAACCAGCUUUUGAGGCCUAUUUUGAAACAAUAUUCAGGGCAGUGGAAAGCCAGAUUCAAGAGGCUUUGGCGAAGACAUCACUACUGGAUCAACUCAAAAUGGGACUUUUUCAAAAUAUGUCGGGGAAGACACUUAAAGCAACACGAGAGACGGUGAAAAGCAUGGAAAAAGUGACCCUUGUCCAAUUCGAAGAUUCUAAAUAUCCAGCAUUCAUUUCUUGUUCCAAAGCUGAUGAAAGGCUUGUGGCAGAUUUUCUAACGGGGGAUCAGGCUGAAGAGUCACAAACUUCAAUUGGUUAAAGUUUCGAACCUAUUAUCUAAUUUCUUUUAUGCAUUCAAGGGGAAAGGAAAAAGAAGUCCUUGGUAUUUGCUUUAAAUUUUUUCUGUCUUAAGUAGCUCAGGGGAGGGUCACAUGUAGCUGUUUACUCUUGCACCAUUUCCGGGGUUUAGAGAUUGGGUUUUCAAGGUUUAUUUGAAGCUAAGGCGUUCUGUCUCAAAGUGUGCCUAACGGUUCUGGUUAGAGAAUGGGCUUCAGAGUUGGAGCAAUUAAUCCAACAGUAAACAGGAGCUUGUUUCUACAUAAAAUGUUACUGCUGGUGCUACUUAAUUUCUGCAGCAACGUUCAUCACUUGUACUAGCAGGUCCCAGCUUUGCUUUCAAGUUUUUUGACUUUUUCCUUUAUAGACUGCAAAAAAUGUUGAAUGGACGGUACUUUUGGUGGGAUCUUUGGGUAUAAUUAUAAACUACACAAGGUGUGAAUGGAUGCACACGGCGAAUUGGUUGCAGUUGGAUGGGUGCAUAUUCAGCUACUCAUUUAUAAUUUGUAUCUGGCAGCUUAUCCCUUUUAGUUUUGUUUCUUGGCAGCUUCCUCUUGUAUUCCCUUUUUUGCCAAGUUUUUUUAUUCUCAAUGUUGGAGAUUAAAUCGAGUUGCCAUGGCUGUGGUGCGGUCAGGCUUUGGUUAGCGGCUCCCUAUCUUAGGAGGAUCCCAUUUCAUGACUUCGUCUCUCCCACCGGCUAUCUUGCCUCGAUACGGCUUUAGGCUGCUCUCCUCCCCCCUCCUUCUUAUCAGACUUUUGUAUGGAGCAGACUUUUAAAAACCAAGUGUUCGAAGUGUAUGGAGCACAUCGUAUAAAUUCUUACUUCUUAAAAGGCACACCAUAAUUAUUUCAAGCUUGACAUGGAGAGAUGCAGAUUUUGGUGCAAUCGCCUUUUCCAAGCAAAAGAUUCAGAUGAGAGAGCAACAUCUGAUUAUUUGGAAAAGAUAAUGUGAAUGACAACGGGUUCUCAAAUUAUAGAUCUCGAUAGAAAGCCAAAUGAGGUACUUAGUUGAGAUUAAUUUUUUUACUCAAGAAGUUCUUUUUGUUUCACUGAUUAUUUGAAUUUCUUGGGAAUUGAUUUGUUUCAAAUAUGCCCUAUAAGUUUGCAUUUU